CAGCGUCCAACACGCGCUCACUUCUCCAAUAAAGUACCAGCUAUCAAUUAUAAAUUACCAAUUAUCAAAACAAAGUGACCUUGAUCUUGAAUCGGAAUACAACGUCUAGAUUUCUUUUUCGACAUAUCAGAGGGAAAUAGUUGAACGAUGAACCUGAAAGUGUGAAAGAAAAACCGUGUGAAUUUGAAAUAUCUUCGUACAAAUAGAUCGUUACUACUUAUCACGGAUCAUCUUUUUACUUGUCACUUUUAUUUCAUUAUACGAAGUCUCUGCUUCCGAGAAACACUAUCGCUAACUCGACGUGCGUCAAUCGAUUUUUCACGAUGUAUCUAUCGCGAACUCGGCAGUGUCUGGUACAGCUGCAAUUCAUGAUUGAAUGUUAAAGCGCAAACCUUAUUGUUAUUAAAACAAAACUUAUUUAAAAAAUAUAAUAUAUAAUAUUGAAGUGUAUUAUGUAAGUUCAGUUCAUCGAAAAUCUAAUAUUUAAAAUAUCUUUAGCAACCUUUUAAAAAAUGUGAAUCAAUCGUCGUUUACGUGCAACAAAGUCUUCAUGGUAAAGUUUUUGAAGAGAAAGAAAAUUAAUUUAAAACUUGAGUGUUUCAUGAAGAAAAGCCAGAACUUAACUGAAAAGGUGCUUAACUGUGAAUUAAUAUGAGUGAUAGUUAUAAUUUAUAAAAUAGUGAUUUUGUAUGUCAAAGAAAAAAAUUUAGUCAUCAUGUUUCUUAAUGAUACUUUGGUGAUGCUGAUGGUCACGGCCAAUAUGAUAGCCACGAUCCCCAAUGGAACGGAAACAGAUAGUCGACAAAUUGCGGAUCAAGUUCCUCUAAACAAUUCGACAACUACUACACUUUCACCUGAAGAGCAGGAGAAUAAAUUCGAUUUUGAAGAUGAAUGGUACAUGUGGAGAUGCUAUCAACCCUAUGGUUGUUUUUAUAUCGGAUCUCCAUGGUCUGGAGAGAAUCGUCCAGUCUCAACUUUUCCAGUCAGACCUGACAGUAUCAACCCACGAUUUCUUCUCUACACUCGGGAACAAUCAGAUAAAACAGAUAAAUCUUAUUCAUUAAGUAUAGAUCAGUUUGAAAGUAUACGAAACGCACCUUUCAAAAAGGAUGGCACCCUCUACUUCAUAAUUCAUGGAUACCUGGAUAAUGGAGACAAAACGUGGGUUUUGAGAACGAUGAGGGAAAUACUGAUCAGAGAAGACAGCAAUGUGGUAGUUGUGAAUUGGAUAGGAGGAGCUGGACCACCAUAUACCCAAGCAGUUGCUAAUACCAGAUUAGUUGGUGCUAUGACAGCACGAUUGGCUUCUCAAUUAAUCGAAAUUGGAAAAAUAUUGCCUACUAAAAUUCACGUGAUUGGGCACAGUUUAGGAGCUCACACUGCUGGUUAUGUUGGCUACCAUCUUCGAGUUCAAUAUGGCUAUAGUUUAGGAAGAAUCACAGGCUUGGACCCAGCUGAACCUCAUUUCAGUAAUACUUCACCCAUGGUGAGACUUGAUCCAACCGAUGCUGAUUUCGUAACAGCGAUUCACACAGAUUGCAACCCCUUUAUUAGUGGAGGCCUUGGAAUCACUCAACCAGUGGGUCAUAUUGAUUUUUAUCCCAAUGGUGGACGCAAUCAACCGGGAUGUAAUGAGGGUGUAUUGAAUUCAAUUACCCUUGAACGUGGCAGUUUCUUUCGCGGAAUCAAGAGGUUCCUAGGUUGUAACCACAUUCGAAGUUACGAAUAUUUCAUCGAGAGCAUCAAUACAGAUUGUCCCUUCCUGGCAGUUCCCUGUGCAUCCUGGGAUCGAUUUCUAGAAGGAAACUGCUUUGACUGCGUCAAGCAAUAUUGCCCCAGGUUCGGGUUCGAUGCUCAACCAGGAAACUAUCACGCAUCUGUUUAUCUCAUGACUGGACGCGAAAAACCUUUCUGCAAGGGACACUAUCGAGUGACAAUAAACAUUUCCAAGACAGUUGAGAGUGUCGAUCACGGUGGUGAGGUUGGCAUGUUCGUGAUGAAGGUAAUCGGAGUUAAUGGUAAAAUGACAGAGAGGUUGCAACUUAGUGAAACUUCUCAAUACUACGAGCCCGGAAGUACUCACACAGUAGUGCUGCCAGGAGACGUCGUAGGUAAACCGGAAGCUGUAGAAUUGUCCUGGGAAUAUCAAACAUCAGUUUUCAAUCCGCUAACUUGGAGACUGCUGCAUAAGCCAAAAGCAUACAUCGACUUCCUAACUAUUGCCAGUCUGGAGUUCAAUGAUGGAAUCACUGUUUGUCCAGACGAAACGAAAACUCUAAUCGCAAACGAGGCGAAGGUUCUGACAGUGGAAAAUUGUCGAAACACAGAUCUUAAUUUAGUGGCAACGUAAAGAAGAAAAAUAAUAAGGAACACGUCAUCAGCAGUAUCAUUGUUUGACUGACGAACCCGUGAAAAAGAGGGACUUAAUUAUCGCAUCAAAUAAAGUCGAAUUAUUAAGAGCAUUCACCCAUGAUUGUAUUUUUUAGAAAAAAUAAGAUUAUCGUGAGAGCAUAAAUACGUAAUUUCAAUAAAUUUUCCAGUCUUCACGUAUUAUAUCGAUUCUAUAAGUUCCCCAUAAUUUGUUGCUUGCCUUUAUCAUUUUAACAUACGAAAAAGACCCUACGCUUUUGAAAUAAAGGGCGGAACCGGACCCUUUGAAAUUGUAGGGAAACGCCCUAAAAAUAAUUGUAAUUAAAUAUCUCACCUCAAAUGUA